ACUAAUUAAGUUUUAUAUAUGUGAAGACGAAAAUGAAGAGUGUAGAUUCUAGAAUGCAAGCUUGUGAUUGUGCUACAAUGAGCAGAGUUUUGACUACCGCAGCCGUUGUAGUUCCGGUCGCCCACUCUCUUCUUCCUCGUCAUCUCCGCCUCUCGAAUCUGACUUCAUCUCUCACUGCAACAAGCCACACUAGUACAUUUCGCGGGCGAUUCUUCUCGCCCUACAAUUUCCGAGCUGUUUCCCGUCCGGUGACGGCCGGUUUAGGUUAUUUUGAUGUUAUUGGAGACCGUGGCUCAGUGCUUCAGGAUGCUGGAGCCACGGCUUUGGUUAUCGCCGGCGCUUACGCUCUUGUCUCCACUUUCGAUUUCUUAUCCGAGCGGAAGCUAAUUGAACAGAACCUAAGCAGAAAGCUGGUCCAUAUAUUGUCCGGGCUGCUUUUUAUGGCUUCCUGGCCAAUUUUCAGUGCAUCAAGAUGGGCUCGCUACUUUGCUUCUGUAGUUCCACUUACAAACUGCUUAAGACUUGUGAUUCAUGGCCUAUCUUUGGCUACUGAUGAGGGGCUUAUAAAAUCUGUUACCAGGGAAGGAAAGCCAGAAGAAUUGCUCAGAGGGCCUCUAUAUUAUGUUUUAGUGUUAAUUUUGAGUGCGGUUCUCUUUUGGCGUGAGUCACCAGUUGGAGUAAUUUCAUUAGCAAUGAUGUGUGGUGGUGAUGGGAUCGCUGAUAUUGUUGGAAGAAGGUUUGGGUCCACAAAAAUCCCUUAUAAUAAACAGAAAAGUUGGGCUGGUAGCCUCUCCAUGUUUAUUCUCGGUUUCCUGGUGUCCGUUGGGAUGCUCUAUUACUUCUCAGCCUUGGGAUAUUUUCACUUGGAUUGGAUUUCAACUCUAGAAAGAGUAGCUUUGGUGUCAUUUAUAGCAACUAUGGUGGAGUCUCUCCCUAUUACUGGAAUGGUGGACGAUAACAUUUCUGUUCCUUUGGUAAGCAUGGUUAUAGCAUUAUUGGCUUUUGCUUGAGGAGUAGUUAUGAACCCUGUAGACCAUCCCAUGGGGGUGGUGAAGGGAGAGCCCCAAUUGGUAGAAAAAAGCCCACAACCCCUUGGAGUUAAUCCUGCACUUGGAAGAAGUUAAAAACAUUCAUAGUUGCAGUAAUGUUGAUUAUUUAUUCGCGUUAAAGACAUUAGGAAUUUCAUCUAAUCUUGUAAAUUUGAAAUUCUUUCUUUUGUAUUCUUUAAUGACCAACAAUUGGACUUCAAUUGAUA